AUGGAGAGGUCGUAUAGGACAGCCGAGGGCACAGCCUAUCUUCUAUCAUCAAAACCCUACUUUGACCAGGGAGCACUUUGCCGGAAGACAUGUGUCGCUGGACUAUACAUUGCGCUCAUCUGCAAUACGGUCUGCCUAGUGGCAGGCGUCUACACAACAUUGCGACCAAUUUCCUUCUCAUGGCAAGGAGCUGGCGGAGAGGCCAUCACCGUCAGCUUUAAUAUCGCCAUCACACUCCUAAACGAGAUUUACGGCUAUAUUCACGGUAUAUCCCUCCGAUGGGCACUACAACGCGAGGGGAGACUCACAUUUAAUUCCAACCUCCGGCUACUGACUAGUUCACGAACGUCGAGGCCGAACAAGUGGUAUACCAAUCUAUUUAUGUUGUGUUGCAUUAUAGGUUCAUAUUCAUCUUCGUCCCUCGUCUUCCUGAAGGAUGGCAGUUACGAAUACGAUGAAGAGACUGACGACUCACCACCGACACAUGUCUGUGGCGCUGCUAUCAUCUCUCUUGCCAUGUGCCUCCUGGGCCAAGGCAUCGUUGCCUGGUGGUCACUGCUAAACAAGCUACACGUGCCAACUUGGAGCGCGGAUCCUCUCGACACAGUUGCCGCUUGCAUCCAGGAAGGCUACCUACACCAAGUUUCGGGCCGCUGUAUGCAAAGUGUGCAUGACGCAGCAGCUCCGUCAACUCCAACACUUCCUCGACACAAACAGCGACCGGCUUACGCCGCACAUCCAGAAGUUCGGAAAGUCAUUUGGGCGCUGUGGGCUACUGUUGUUCUCGCGAUCCUGUGGGCGAUCAUCAUCUGGGCCAUUAUCAAGGAUGGAAGUGUGAAUGGUAUUUCUGAUGGUGGCAACUGGUCGUUGUUCUCGAACGAUGACACCCCUUUCCUCAACAUGGGCUGGGAUGUCGACUCCGAGACGCUUCCGGCUGUCUGUUAUAUCUGGGCAUUCUUCUUCAUCUCGGGGCUACAGGCGGUGAUUACCCUUGCCUUGCAUUGCGUGGAACUCCGCGUCAAUUGCAUCACCGAUGAAGCAACUUGGAGGCUGGCUUCGUCCCAGGGUGGUCUGAAGCGAGACCGAAAUAUCCUCAUCAAGAUGGGGACUUCCUGGCCGUCAAUCACGUUGCUCUGCUUCAAGCCGCUUGUUCACUGGCUCUAUGGCCUUUCAAUCACUAUCACCUUCAACGCGGGCGUCACCAUGAGGCCGCCCCAAAUUUUUUACUUGAGUGCCAGUGCUUUGCUGCUGGCAUUAUUUGCCACCACGAUCGUGCGAAUGUCUCCAAAAGGCCCUCAGCCUGCGACGUUUGGUCAUCUGCAGACGCUCGCAAACUUGAUUGACGAAUGGCCCGCCGAGGGGAAGCGACUGUUCUGGGGUCACAAGAGCGAUCAGGGCGACUUUGCGCACGCUGGAACGUCCAGCGGGAAACUUGGUGAAAUCAACUUCCAGGUGGGAUAUCUCGGCAUUCUUUGGUCGCGGGUCCCUCUGGGUUCCCUCCAGCAUGGGGACCAAUGGGGAAGGAGAAGGGAGUGUUGA